AUGACACAUGCCAGCCCGACCUUGGCCCGGCGCAUGAGCUCCCAGGACGAUACGCAGCCUGAGGAGGACCUGCCGUCGCCGCUCACGACCCACAUCAUGAUGCCAUCCGGCUGCCACACGUCCUUCAUCUCGGUCACGACGCCGCAGCAUGGCGGCGAGAAGCGGCGCGGGAGCAUGCCCAUGCUGCCGUCGCCGCAGCAGGACGGCUGGUCAAACACGCCGCGCACCGAAGACGACCAGCACUUUGACCGAACGCUGCAGGAGCACAUGAAGGCGUGCGAGCGCACGCUGCCGCAGCUGGUGCUGCCCAUGGUCUCGCGCGUCGCGACGUGCAUCCCGCAGUUCGCCGAGUACGGCAACACGUUUGUGAGCUCGCGCAUGAUCUCGUGGACCGUGCGCAUCACGCUUGUCCAUAUCUUUAUCCUCGCGUCCAUCUUCAUCGUCCGACCGGAAAUGAAGCGCAAGAAGUACGGCGACAACGGCGCGACCUGCGACGCGUUCUUGGAUGGCAUCACGCUUACCGUGUACACGGGCUUGGCCAACAUUCUGCUCUGCCUCCCCGCGAUCCACAACCCUAGGUACCAGCUGUACACGCGUGAGAGCAAGAAGACGUGGCUGCUCACGUUUUGCGAGCUCCUCGUCAUGGCCGAGAUCCCGUAUUUGAUCGUCCAGAUUACCCUGCACGUCUCGGAAGGCAUUGCACAUGCGGCGUACGUGGGCUGCUUCCACGUGCGCGAUGACCCGACGGACAUUCCGCCGCCGUGGCCGUGGCUCAUCUGGUCCCUUCUCCUGACCGCCCUCGACGUGUACGUGUACGUCGCGUGCUGGUACCAGAUCACGCUCUUCAACCGCAUGCGCGACGUGGCGCUCGGACAGCGCAACAUCAUCCCUAGCUCCCUUCUCUUUACCUUCUCCAACCCCGACUGGCUCAACUGGGGUGCCCACGCCCGAGCCAUUCUGCGCGUCAAGGAAGGCCUGUACGAAGCCGCCAAGAAUGGCCAUGUGCCCGACCUACUUCUGCUUCUCGACGAAGCUGUCGCCCUCGACGGCCCGUGCUUCCACAUCAAGUGGUACUCGAACGGGCUGCGCUGCUUUGGUCAAGUGGCCAAGUCGGUGCGCAACCCCCUGCACGUUGCGGUCGUCAACGGCCGGCUGCCCGUCGUCCAGCUCCUUCUGGAGCGGGGCUUUGACCCGAACGCGCUCGAGAAGAUCCAGACCCUGAGCUUCCGCCUCUCGCACAUUUACGCCAAGAUCUUCAACGUGCUCAUCUUCCUGCGGAGCACGAACUUUGCCCGUGCGACAUCGACGAAUGCUCGGUACGGACCCAGCCAGCCGUGGGCACAGGUGCUCUUAGCGCCCUUGCACGUGGCCCUGAUCCACGCGGAUGCUGCGAUUGUCGAGACGCUCGUCAAGUACGGCGCUGACCCAAACCUCGUUGCGGUCUCCAACCAACGCAAGUACAAGACGCCACCACUCUACUACGCUGAAUGUCCCAACUGCCUGCGGGCGCUGAUGCGUGCCGGCGCCAACCAUCUGCACAUUCCUGGGAACGGGUUUUACCUCACGGCGUACGAGGUCAUCGUGCUCAACGGGCACUUCAGCCUCGCCAACACGCUUGUCGAGUGGGGCGGGGACAUUGCGCUGACGCCAAUGCACCUCGCGGCGGCCAACGGCGACUGGCGCACAGUCGGCCACUUCUUGGACGGAGGCGUCGACCCGGAUAUCCUCGGCGAGAAUUCUUGCGGGCGCUUUCACCGCACGCCACUGCAUUGGGCGGCGAUGCGUGGCCAGCUCCGCGUCGUCAAGCUGCUCUUGGCUCACUGCAAGGAAGAUCCGAGCGACACGCUGGGCAUGACGCCCCUCGCGUGGGCCGCAAUCUACAACCACUACGAUGUAGUCGAGGCCCUCUUGCUGGCCGAAGCCGACCCCAACAUGGUGGACAUUUACGGGCGGUCGCUCGUCCAUCUCCUCGGGCAUUACGAGACGGUCAAGAACCAGCCGAUGGACAAGGCGUUCGAGGGCUCGCCUCGGCAGCAGCAUCUCGAACACACGCCGCGGGGUCGGAUUUUGUAUCUCUUGCGUGCAUAUGGCGCCAAGAUCCAUGCCAAAAUGAGCACAACGGGCGAAACUGCGCUGCACUUGGCGCUCAAGCGGGGCAACGUCAAGACCGCACGUAUCCUUGUCCAGAUGGGGCUCGAUGUGAUUGCUAUCGACAACGCCGGCAUACGCGCGCUCGACUGCGCGUCGUCGACCGCGAUCCAGUACGAAAUCAAAAAAGCCGCGGGCCAACGCGACGUCAUGAUCAGCUACUGCCAUUCGCACGCGAGUUUUGCCAACAAGAUUCGCAGCUCGCUCGAAGCGCAGUUUAUUACAACGUGGAUCGACCAGAUGAACCCGACGGGCAUCAGCGGCGGCUCCGAGUGGCGUGAAGAGAUCGCGCGCGGUAUCGUUGGCGCCUCGGUCGUCCUCGCGAUCCUUAGCGAAGACUACCCCGCGUCGCAGUGGUGCAUGAAGGAGCUCGCCUUCGCCAAGCAGCACAACAUUCCAGUCGUUGGCAUCACCUGUGGCCGCGUCGUCAUUGGGGACGAGCUCGAAGUGUACCUCUGGACGCGCCAGCUCGUGGACUUUCGACCGGCGAUUACGGCCAAGUUUCGCAGCGGCAACGCCGUGCGCUUCGACUACAACGAGGCCAAGUACGAGGUGCAGCUCGGGUUGCUUCUCGACGGUCUCCGCGACGAGAUUGAAGAGCGGCGCGUCGAGCCGACGAUCGACGUCCUGCGGCAGUCGAAUGCGAGCGGUCACUCGAGCUGCGCGGUCUCGCAGCACUCGGGCGUCGCGCCGAGGACCACCACCUACGUCUUGCUCGUGCACGGCGACUGCCACAAGCCGUUUGCGAGUACGCUCAAGGCCGAGCUUGCGACCGCCGGCGUCGACUGCAAGAUCGACGGCCCGUGUCCCCAGCGCCAAGUGGUCAUGAAGGACGCGAUCUUGGACCCGCGCUGCCUCGCCGUCAUCGUCGUGCUCUCGCACCUCUCGACCAAGAGUGAGGCGCUGCGGGACACGCUCGCCUUUGCCGAGAACCGCAACAAGCCCAUCGUCCCGAUCAUGCUCUCGCUCCAGGCGCUCGACAAUGCGCUCGUCUACUCGCUCUCGCGGACGGCCAUCCACCACUUCAACGAGUCGAUCGGGUUCCGCCAGAGCCUCGAGCGCCUCUUGCCACACGUGCGCCAGCUCCAGCUCAAGCAAGAGGGGCCUUCAAGCAGCGCGCUGCCGACGACGCCGCCACCGCCGCUACCGGUGCCUGGCUCGAGCAAGACGCUGCGGCGGUUCCUCCGUCGCCUCAACACGCAAGAGAGCGAGCUCGAGAGCAUCGUCGACGUCAUGCCAAGCCCGACCGAGUCGCUCCGCAGCCACCAUUCGGCGCUAUAG